GUACACUUUGCCUCGGACUGUACCAUUUCACCGAUUUACGGGGAAGGAUUUUGUUGUGACAGCGGAGUAGAAACCCAGCAGGGACACGGCAACUCCAUAGGGUUAUUCAUCUUGGAUCAGCCAUGGCCUUCAGCAAAGGGUAUCGCAUUUACCACAAGCUGGACCCACCGCCUUAUAGUGUGAUAGUGGAGACCCGGACCAGGGAGGAAUGCCUCAUGUUGGAGUCAGGAGCCGUCGCUGUUCUGUCGGCAGCAGAGAAGGACGCCAUUAAAAACACGUACACCAAAAUAUUUGAUGCCUAUGGAAUUCUUGGUGUCCUCCGAUUAAACCUAGGCGACUCCAUGCUCCACAGCCUGGUGGUUGUAACGGGAUGCAGCUCUGUGGGGAAGGUGCAGGAUUCAGAAGUUUUCAGAGUCACACAGACAGACUUCAUAUCGCUGAAGAACGAUCCAGGAGACGAGGACCGGAUCGCCGAGGUGCGCAAGGUCCUUAAUUCAGGUCACUUCUACUUUGCCUGGUCUGCCUCUGGGGUCAGCAUGGAUCUGAGUCUUAACUCACGCCGCAGGAUACUAGAAGACACUACAGACAAUCGCUUCUUUUGGAACCAGUCGCUGCACCUGCAUCUUAAGCAUUACGGAGUCAACUGCGACGACUGGCUGCUGAGGCUGAUGUGCGGCGGAGUGGAGAUCAGGACUAUCUACGCAGGCCACAAACAGGCCAAGGCCUGCAUAUUCUCUCGGCUCAGCUCGGAGAGAGCCGGCACGAGAUUCAACGUCAGGGGAACCAACGACGAUGGACAGGUGGCCAACUUUGUAGAGACUGAACAGGUUAUUUUCCUGGAUGACAAAGUCUCAUCCUUCAUCCAGAUCCGGGGCUCCAUUCCACUUUUCUGGGAGCAGCCAGGAAUCCAGGUGGGUUCGCACCGUGUCAAACUCUCACGGGGCUUUGAAGCAAACGCGCCAGCUUUUGAAAGACACUUCACUGCACUGAGGAGGCUGUACGGAAAACAGGUGAUCAUUAACCUACUUGGAAGUAAAGAAGGAGAGAAUAUGCUCAGCAAAGCAUUUCAGAGUCACCUAAAGGCAUCAGAGCAUGCAAACGAAGUGAAGAUGGUUAACUUUGACUACCAUCAAAACGUGAAGGGCGGCAAAACUGAAAAACUCAGCAGCGUCCUGAAACCCCAGCUUGGCAAAUUCUUAGAGGAGUGUGGCUUCUUCUACUACACUGGGGAAACAGGAAUUCUUAGGUCUCAGGGAGGAACCCUCAGGACCAACUGCUUGGAUUGUUUGGAUCGAACCAACAGCGUUCAGGCCUUCUUUGCUCUUGAGAUGCUCACCAGACAGCUAGAGCAGAUGGGUCUGACGGAGAAGCCACAGCUGGUGGCCCGGUUUCAGGAGGUUUUUAGGACCAUGUGGUCUAUGAACGGUGACUCCAUCAGUAAGAUCUAUGCAGGCACCGGUGCCCUGGAUGGGAAGGCUAAGGCGGGGAAGCUGAAAGACGGAGCUCGAUCUGUGACGCGGACCAUCCAGAACAACUUCUUCGACACUUCUAAGCAGGAGGCUAUAGACAUCUUGAGGCUGGGCUCCACGUUAAACAGUGACUUGGCUGACAAAGCUCGGGCCUUGCUCACCACUUCCAGUCUUUACGUCACUGAGCCUGUCUUACAAUCAGCCUCUCCAAGAGUGUUGCUGGGAAUGUGCCAGAACUACCACAAAUACACUAAGCCCAAGCAAAUCCGAGUGUGUGUCGGCACCUGGAACGUCAACGGGGGUAAACAGUUUCGGAGCAUCGCUUUUCGGAACCAAACUCUGAACGACUGGCUGCUGGACGCUCCUAAAAAGGCCGGGCAUCCCGAGUUCCAGGAAGGUAAAGGUAACCCCAUCGACAUCUUCGCCAUCGGUUUUGAGGAAAUGGUUGAACUGAAUGCCGGCAACAUUGUCAGUGCCAGCACAACCAAUCAAAAACUGUGGGCGGCUGAACUCCAGAAAAACAUCUCAAGGGAUCACAAGUACGUGCUGCUGGCGUCAGAGCAGCUGGUGGGCGUGUGUCUGUUUGUUUUCAUCCGCCCGCAGCACGCGCCCUUCAUCAGGGACGUGGCCGUUGAUACGGUGAAAACUGGAAUGGGCGGGGCCACGGGUAAUAAGGGAGGCGUGGCCAUCCGUUUGCUGUUCCACACCACCAGCAUCUGCUUCGUCUGUUCCCACUUCGCUGCCGGUCAGUCGCAGGUCAAAGAGAGAAACGACGACUACAACGAGAUCGCUCGCAGACUCAGCUUCCCCAUGGGACGUCUGCUGUACUCGCAUGAUUACGUGUUCUGGUGUGGAGACUUCAACUAUCGGAUCAGUCUACCCAACGAGGAGGUGAAAGAUCUGAUCAAGCAGCAGAACUGGGAUGCUUUAACAGCUGGUGAUCAGUUGUUGGAACAGAAGAAUACUGGAAUGAUCUUUCGAGGUUUCAUUGAGGGGAUGUUAGAUUUUGCCCCAACUUAUAAGUACGACCUGUUCUCUGAGGACUAUGACACCAGUGAGAAGUGCCGCACGCCGGCCUGGACUGACCGCAUACUUUGGAAGAGGAGAAAGUGGAACUUCAGCAAAACAGCUGAGGAGAUGAAUGUUGUAGGGGUCGCCUCUACAUCUGGGGAGGCUGAGGAGGAUCCAGAUUACAGCUGGAGCCCUGGCAGUCUGAAGUACUACGGCAGGGCUGAGCUUAAGACCUCUGACCACAGACCAGUGGUGGCGGUAAUCGACGUGGACAUCCUGGAGGUGGACCCGGAGGCCCGACACCAGGUCUAUAAGGACGUCAUCGCCCUACAGGGGCCUCCAGAUGGCACCAUCCUGGUGUCGCUCUGCACAUCUGGACCUGAUGACUACUUCAGUGAUGAACUCAUUGAUGAGCUACUUGAUAAGUUUGCUAACUUUGGAGAGGUCAUCCUCAUCAGGUUUGUUGAAGAGAAGAUGUGGGUGACCUUCUUGGAAGGUUAUUCUGCUCUGGCUGCACUCUCUCUCAGUGCAUCAACCGUCCUGGACAAGAUGAUAGACGUCCGCUUGAGGAGUCCAGGCUGGAUCAGGAGUCUGGAGGAGGAGAUGAGUGUAGAAAGGAUCUGCGGAAGCAUUCCCACGUCGAGUAGCUCCACGCUGCUCGCUGAGGAUGUGUACGUGGGUGAUGACGAUUUUGAGAUGGAAGGUGAGGUCGACGAGGAGGUGGAAGACAUCCUUCCUCAGCACCUGCUGCCUGGAACCGGCUCUGCUCCCGGAUCCUCCCCUCUUCCGUCUCCACGCAGCAGUCCUUGCCCCUCCCCUACCCAGGGAGAGCCCUCUGCUCCCAGCAGACCCACUCGUGCACAACCCACUCGACCGUCACAAGCCGCUUUAAGUGUGUCCACUCAGAGCGAGGAACCUCCAGGGCCUCCUGUUGACUUCCAGCCCGGUGCUCCGACAGGUCCAGGCCUGGAGCCAAAACGGGCUCCUCCUCCCCGCCCAAACGCCCCACCGGCCAGACCAGCUCCGCCCCAACGCCCACCACCACCCUCAGGAGGCCUGAGUCCUCAGCCAGUCAGAAAGGACUCUGCAGGACCAAAAAGUCCUGCUCUCCCUCGUCCAGAUGCUCCUGCAGGUCGAGGCCAGGCAGCAACCGGAGCUCCUGGACCUUCACGGCCGAACAUUCCUCCUCGAGCUGGGGUGAUCAGUGUGACCCCUCAGUCUCGCCCACAGCCUCCAUCCCACCCUGGAGCACCAAGGCCCAUCCCUGAGGUGCAUCCUGGAGCACCUCGUCCUAUUCCAGACACCCACCCUGGAGCCCCGCGGCCGAUUCCCAGUGCCCAGACCAAACCGCCUGACCUGCCAAUGGGCCCCCCACCAUCUGGACCCCCUCCUGCAGUGAAUCCCCAGGUCCAGCCUCAGCCAGCUCCACCUUCCGCUUACCCUCAGCUCCCACCACCAAUGCAGCCCACGCUCCUGGCUCCUCUGCAGCCGCAGCAGGCCUCCACACCACCGGCAUCGACUCUGCCUGCUGCAGCUGCUCCCACCGUCCUCCUUGCUGGGCCUCAGCAGAGCCUACCCUCUCCUAAACCUCCACCUCGUUCCCGCUCGUCUCACACUCUCCAACCCGACGCCGCCAAGUCUGAAACGGCCCCAGCUGCACAGACAAACGGACUGAAUGGAUUUCAGAAAGAAGCACAACAGAGGCCCGACCCCUUCGACUCUCUCACAUCUGAAUUCCUUUCCUCCUCAUCCUCACGCCACACCACCCAGUCGCUGAACCGAGGAUCCUCUCUGCGUCCUCCACCCUCCAUGCCUCCAUCUGCAUUUUCCUCCUGCACCCUCCCUGCAUCCAUCCCCAUCCAGUCCUCUACCUUGUCCGACCUGCAGCUCCUGGAUACGUCUUCGCUGUCCUCCCCGUCACCUCUGCUCCUGCCUCCUCCUGCCCCGUCUCGAAGUCGCUCCCAGGAGAUGCUGCGCGCUUCCCCCAGCAGCUUCCUGUCUGAGCCGCUCCCUGUGCGACCCAGCAGCACCAACCCCUUCACGGGCUCUCUGGUGCAGCAGCAGCAGCGCCGCUCGCUCACUCCGGACUUCUCCCUCCAGCAUCAGACCCCAACAGCUGACCCUCCGAGAACCCAGCUUUCCCUACGUCAGCCACUCACCCCCAUCCCUGCUCCAACCCCCCAGCCUAAUAAAACCACAUUCCCGUUCGAACCCUCUCCCCCUGCCCUUGCUUUCCCCCUCGCUCCACCUUCCUCUCUCCCUCCCACUUUCCCACCUCGCAGCCAGCCACCCCCCUCAUCGACGAGGCCGUGGGUCACGUUUGACGACGAUUCGAACCUGAAACCUCUGACCAAAACACAACAAAACCCUGUCUUUCCCUCCACUCCCGUCGUGUCCCAAACUCAACCAUCCUGCGCCGUGUUCGCCUUGGAGCCCGACUGGUUAUUUGCUCCCUCUGCGGUUUUCUCCGCCCUGCCCCCUCCCGUCCCAACCCGAACUGCAACCAGGGACCCAAACCCCACGGAGAGCAAUGCUAACGACAACUUCUUUCCCCGGGAGUCGACAGACAGAUAAUAUCACCCCCUCAUGCACGAGGGGCAUAUCCGUAUAUGUAUAGAUCUAUAAUAAAUAUGUGUGUGUGUGUGUACAAAAGACAGUAUUUAAGAAGUAUACUCCCUUCCCUUCAAAAACAGGAACGACUAAUAAAUAAAAACACGAUAUAUUAACAUUUGUUGAUUUACAGCAGCAAACGUGUUGUUCUAUAAAGUAUAAAUAUAAACAAUCUAUAUGUUCACCUGUGCUGUGUUUGCCAUUGGAGUAGAUCCGUGUGGCUUUGCCGUUACUUCAUCCAUUUGACCGAUCUGGAGUUCUCUCGAGUUUACAUUUGAGAGUCACAGCUUCUGUUUGGCCCCUAAAUCUGCUGCUUUCUGCAGCAUUUGUGCUCUUUUACACGUUGUUUACGUGCUUUUCUUUAUGAAUGUAGUUUACUUUGCACAGUUUAGCCUCUUUUGGCGUUCUGGUGCGAAACGAAGCGGCGCAAGGCGAUGGCACCGCCGCGGGACUGAAACUGUAACACCGCCUUGUUCAUUUAAUAAUAAAAUGUUUGUUCUCGGUUUUCAGUCAGCAUUAUUUGUCUGUGAGCUGGUACUAUUACCCCAAAAGCUCUAAAUCCAAAAUAAAGUGUGUUUUAUUUUAAACUUCUUUUUCUUUGAAAUUCCAGAUGUUUGCACUGAAACACCGUUUGUACUCGAACAAGUGAGUUCUCUUCCUCUCUAGUGUUCCAUUCCUGCGUGCUUGUGUGUGUGUGUGUGUGUGUGUGUGUGUGUGUGUGUGUGUGUGUGUGUGUGUGUGUGUGUGUGUGUGUGUGUGUGUGUGUGUGUGUGUGUGUGUGUGUGUGUGUGUGUGUGUGUGUGUGUGUGUGUGUGUGUGUGUGUGUGUGUGUGUGUGUGUGUGCGCGCUCAAAAGUACAGCAGUGAUUUGAUGGAUUUGCAAAAAAGAUGGCUCUUUUUAUUUAUUUUUGAACUUUGACUUUCAAGGAAAACAAUACUUUUUUAUUUCUAGUAACAGUUAAUCUAAAUGAUCUGUUAUUGUUACUGUGGUGAGAAGUGCCGUGCUGUGUUUGAGGUGUGUUCAGCCUGAAGGAAGUCUUCGUUUUAUCUUCUCCGAGCUAACAGCAGCCAAUCAUCACUUCUCCAUGAACUUGAGAAGCAAACAUCCUUUUUCUCUUUUGACAUCCCUUCUGUCUUUUAAUGAAUUACUCAUUUCUAUUCAUGGAGAUGAAAUUAUCAGAUAUGGUGCAGACAUUUGGUGUUUGUUUCUGAGCUUCAGAUUUAAGCUUUAAGGCAUAUGGAAGGGGAUUAGUGCAACUGAAAAAAAAAUCUGACUUUAUUCUCAGAAGUCAAAAAGUCAAAUUUCUGAGAUUAAAGUUAGAAUUAGUUUUCUUAGGGUUUUUGUAUUUUCAGUGGCACCAAUUGUCUUCCAUAAGGGUGUCAAUAUUUUGUCCCACUUUUCUUAUUAAUCCUUUCAUGCAUAAUGGUCACUACAGUUGACAGCUACUCAAAUUUGUUGAUUUAUUUACUUUUGUUUGUUAUGUUUGUUUUUUGCUAUUAAGCACAGCUGUUGAAGACUUUAUUGCAUUUGAACCCCCCCCCCCCCCCCCCCCCCCCCCCAAUUGGAACACCGUCAAGCCAACAUACUUCAUGUGCAGAAUGCACGCUGUCCACUGAGGUGGACAUGUAACAAACUAUUUGUAAAUUAAAUGUUUAAAAUACAUUUUGUUGAAAUUUGUUUCAUUCAUACCUAAAGGUGAAUGAAAGAAAUGGUUAAAAAAAAUCAUGGUUGAAGAUUUCAUAAUUAAUGCAUGAAAGGGUUAACCACUGCUGGCCAGACGAGAGUAAAUGUGACAAAUACCCCCAAGUCUCCAUUAAAAAGCAAAGAUUUCCUGAAAAGUAGCACAUUAAAUCUAAAAAUGCAUCUGCUUCUUCCUUCUUUACACAUGUGUACAAUGAUCAAAAUGAGCACAUCGGACUGCAUUUUCUCUCGUCUUCUCUUUAAAAUGCAAUUGUUGUGUUGUUCUGACGUGUACAGUAGAUGCCGUAUCAACCGUAUGUUCCCAACCAGCGCUUUGUGUCAUGUAAGUUUAAAUUCAAGUUUGCUUUUUCUCAGGUUUGAUUCAGUUUAUUAUUAUUUUUAAAUAAAUUGCUCCCUUUGUGAGGUCGGUGUCCCUUUCAAGGCUAUAAUUCAUAAUCAAUAAGAGUCUGUGUUGUGAAACAUUCUGUAUGUAUUAAAGUGAGUACAUGAUGCUGUAAUCUACAAUAAUUUCUAAUGUUCCAUAGUUAAUGUGCUCAGCAGAUGGCACAUUUAUGUAUGAAGUAGUUUGUGUAGUAUGUAUGCAAAAAUAAAUAUGUUAACAUGA